AUAGAAGCUGGAGUCCUGUCUCGGCUUCAUACUCCUGGAAUGAGCUGCUGCAGCUGCGUUGCUCCGGAGGAUGCUGUAGGCAGCCAGGAGUGAAACUGACCACCCAUCAUCCUUCUCCGUGUAGCUCUCCUGCUUCCCACCACGGGAACAUGAGGGUUGCUUCUCUCCAGAUCCCGUUUGCACUGAGGGUCUUGUGCCUGGCAGCUAUGGCUGGAGGGCAACCCAGAGCACCUCUGAAGUGUUCAAAAUGGUGCAUCUCUUUCCACCGUGCCAUAGAUCAGAGGCAGAUAAAGAGCUACCGCGAGACUGAACCCCAGUGCACCAAGAAAGCCAUCAUAUUUACUACUAAGAGGAACAGAGAAAUUUGUGCAAAUCCAUAUGAACCGUGGGUGGAGAAGAUCGUGAAGAAACUGGACCAGGAAAAGGCCUCGGCAGCAUCCCCACUUCCCCGGGCUGACACUUCCCCUGCAGCAGCGGUGCCCAAAGAGCCUGGCAUCUUCCAGAAGCACACCGGUCUCCAAGUACCACCUUCACCUCCAGCCACUGCUGCCACUGCAGCGUCAGAGAGAGCACCCACUCCUGCUGCCAGCACAGAGGCGACCAGCAAACCCAGCCCAGCCAUGCAGAACGCCACGCACUUCUCUGCAGGGCCAUCUGCUGUGACAUCGGGAGUCGCUACGCACUCUGAAGUCGUUUCAGAAGCAAACAGAGAAUCCUUAACAUCGGCGCAUUCAACAGCUGAUGCAGUGGACAUGGCCCUCGGCCAGCGCACCUCAUACCCCACAGCUCCUGCACGUGACUCUGACAGCAAAGAAGAACCUGCAGGAUAUGCUACAAGUGCUGCGGGUGAUGUCCGAGGCACGACUUCGACCUCAACCUCCGACCCUGCAUCCAUUUCCAAAGGACUGGACCAUCCUAGUCUUCCUACAAACGUCCCCCUGGACACAAUCAGUGCAAGAGGCAGCACAUCAGGCACUGCUUUGAGGAGUUCAGCUCUCCCCUCCACCCCACACAUCACAGAGGUCGGCAUGGUCCCAUCCACACCGCAGGCUUCUCCAUCUCCUACCCAAAACCCCACAACUGCCAUAGAUGAAGGUCCUUAUGUCCAUGCCAACAAAAAUUUCAGUUCCUCUGCAUUUGGUACUGGGACAUUAGAUCAUUUAUUGCCCUCGGGAAAGCAAGGUCCUCUAGAUAUGUUAGUUUUCACCAGUCAGAUAUUCUCAGACCAAGCCAGAGCACAGGCUACAGGAAGCCCAAGCCACCCACCUGCACUCAGCUCCUUGUCAGGGUCCCAGAUGUACUUAGUCAUCCCUGUCGCCCUGAUAGGUGUCCUGAUUGCUUGUGGUGUUGCAGCCAGAUGGGCUUAUGUAAAAUUUGAAAUCAGACCAGAAACAACGUCAAGAGAAAUGGUCGAAGCCUUGCUCUACCUGAAGGAGGGACACCGAGACAACGUCUAUCCAAUGGAAGUAAUCUGAAUGCUGUAUGGCGUGGACAUUUUUGGCCUAGAACAUGUGUGUGCUGCUGCAGGAAAGCUAAGCUUCUGCUGGACUGGUGACCAGAACAAAGCAGUUCCUAAGAAAGCUGAGAACUUUUUCAGAGCAGAGUGUCAAAAAAUAUACAUACCCUAAGUUCUCAUUGGCCAAUGGCAACAUUUUAGGAACAGAUGAGACGUUCCUUUCUCUGGCACUGUUCUGUGGAGAGGAUGUUGCUGUGCUGGGGGCUGCUUGCCAAGUGGUGGGCAGUAGCAAACGUUGGGGAUUUUCCCAUGUUUCAUCAUCAUUCAGCUGAGAAGCUUUGUACCCACCCACCCCCUCUGCUGGACUUGGGCUCUGCCACCAUGAGCAAUCCCAACACCAAAGCACUGAGUCUGCACUUACAAACUUCCAGUCGUUUCUUUCUUUGCACUUCAGUUCGCUGCUCUGUCAGAGCUAAACUGAUGCUGGCAGUAAGCUGGGUGCUGGCUCUCCAUGGGCUGAUUAAACACUCCAUUUAAUUGGGUAUUUAAUGUCUAGAGCCAGCAGAGGUCAUCCAGCUUUCAGACAUUACAUAUAUAUACCCAUGUAUAUCAGCUGGCUAUGCAAGCACUGUUGCAGUACCAAAGGAGGGCUUUUUAACCUAAAUUGUUUCUCAUUUUCACACAUCUAGACACUGCUGUAUGUAAAAAGCUCCUGAAAGCCCUCAUUUAACUUUUACUCCAGUAUGCCUUUUGCCUGAGCAUGUAAAGGUCUCCAUGACAGCAUGCUUUGUAGGUAGAGCUACAUUCCCAGGGUUCAUAGUGAGGUUACAUAUCAAAGAUUCUCCUCCAACCACUCUCAGCGGAUUGGACCCCAAACCAUACAUAGAAAAAGAAAGCAAAAAGGUAAUAAGCAGGAUAAUCAAAGCCAGAACGAUGAGCCAGGUGUAAAGGCCACCUAGAGGAAAGCUGGACUGUCGGAUCCAUCAGACGUUAUCAGGGCAUCCGCCCAGCCCUGCAGGUGGAAGGAUGACUGCAGUGCUGUUUUCCGCUAUCGCUCAACCUCUUAUUUUUUGGCUUGAGACAAAUCCAUCCAGGGCUUUGCAGGUAUGGGAGGGAGAGAGGAUUGACAGGGAUCUGGGCUGAAACCCACCCAUGUUUGGCAGCUGUGCAGCUCCAGCCCUGCAACUCCACCUGGGGCUGAUCUACCUGCAGGCACUGCCAGCAGCGCCUCCCACCCCCCCUUGGGGUUCACAGCCUUGCAGUUUGUGGUAUACUAUAGCUCUUUUAUAUGAAAUAUCAGAAACAACUAUUUUUGUAAUAAAGUUUUGCAGUUCUUGUGAGUGCAUGUCGCCUGCUGGCCUUGCUAGUGGAGCAUCACAGCGUGUGUACAAUGCUGGGAACACUGGAAAACACUGCACUGUGUCUGUUGUCUUGCUGGGCUUGGCUGGCUUGCUCGUGUCCGUGGGAGCAGGGCCCCACGCAGGUCCAGGCACUACAGCAAAUGGAGCUGGCAAAUGCUUUACCACAGCCUUCCCCCUUCCAGACCAGCUGUGCUCAUCCCAUCCCUGCUCCUUGCCCGGGGCACAGUGCUGUCACGCUGUCCUUGGGCAGGCUUUCACCUGUGGGCUGAGGCUGCAACAGGGGCAGAUCCCAACCCAUGGCAGGCAGGAGCCCAGCUUGUGGGGGACAGGCUGCACGAGGGGUCCUUUUGUUCUGGAGUGCAGUGACCACUGUCAGCUCUGAUUUGUUUGUGUAUCGAGUCUGUAUGAGUGUAUGUGAAUGGGAUUUAUAUUGAAUUUUUGUACUAGUAACAAAAAUAAAGUUCUUAUGUUAAAAA